ACGGGGGCAUCUGCGCGAGGUCAGUGCAGGGGGCGUGGUGAGGCCUUGGCAGUCGGUCUCUGAGGCAGCGAGUUGUCAUUGUGGAAAGAGGCUGGUGGGGGAUCUGCGAACGUUUAGGUGAUCAGUAGAGGAAACGUGAGAGCGGUAGCGAUGGCUGAUUACUGGAAAUCUCAACCAAAGAAGCUCUGCGAUUACUGCAAAUGCUGGAUAGCAGACAACAAACCUAGCAUUGAGUUUCAUGAAAGAGGGAAGAACCAUCAGGAAAAUGUGGCCAAGAGAAUCAGUGAGAUCAAAAAGAAAAGUUUGGACAAAGCAAAAGAAGAGGACAGAAAAGCAAAGCAAUUUGCUGAGAUGGAGUCUGCAGCUAUGAAAGCAUAUCAAGAAGAUUUAAAGCGACUUGGCGUAAACGUUUCAGCUUCUUCAUCAUCAAGUACGACUGAGCAAACAUCAGUAGUAAAGGCCUCUGACACACAAUGUGCAAAGCAGAAUACAGCAAAUAUCUGGGUACAAGGCGUCUCACCUGAAGGAUAUUUUUAUUAUUACAAUACUAAAACAGGAGAAUCACAAUGGGAAAAGCCUGAAGGGUUCCAAGGGAGCUCAAACUUUGUGCAGAGUGAAGUUGCACAACAGGCCUCUUCGUGGGUGGAAGGACUUACUCCAGAGGGCUGCACCUACUACUAUAAUGUCAUAACAAGAGAAUCACGAUGGGAAAAGCCAGAAGGCUUCACCUCUGCCAGCGAAUGCUCUGCCACAGUUGUUAAGAAUGAGACUGAGCCUGAGAUAUCCUCUGCAACCUUCAGUUCUGAAGAGCCCACAUCUCUGAAAAUGACUGAAACGGCCUCUGAAAGUCAUCAAGCAGCAGAAGAAUUUCUGCAGACCACAGACACAGAGCCAAGCGAGCCACGCCAAGAAGCAAAUCCUUCUGUCCAACAGGAAAGUGCUUCAGGUGAUGGCAGUGAAGUAAAGGCUCCUGGAAAAAUGCAUGAUGCAGAAGAUGAAAACAAUUUGCCUCAACUGGAGUCCCAACAAGAAGCUAAGAGAAGAAAAGUAAACCCUUAUGGUGAAUGGGAAACUGUAAAAGAGGAAGAGGAAGAACAGAUAGACUUGCAGUUACCAACAGUUGACUGUUCAGCAACACCAGCAGUUGAUGUAAAGCAUGAACCCAAAGUCAAGUUUAAACAAAAAGAAAUAACUUCUCUGAGGGAUGAUGCAGGGGGAGACACAGUAUUUAAAAAAAGAAAACUUGAAAAUGGAAAAUCCAGAAACUUACGGCAGAAAGGGAAUGAUAACUGAAUGUCACCAAAACACAGUUCAGAAAUACAUUCAAUGCUUUUUGGUCUUGAUUGCUGUAGUAAAUAAAUUUGCCUAGAUUUUCACUUCAUGGAAGUUAAUUGGCCUUGUUUGGUGUAAAAUACUGCAUUAUUUUUUUAAGAAGUGUUUCUUUUAAAAAUGUAUAGUUUAGAAUUGUUAAAACUUGCAAGCUGAGCAAGAAUACAAAAACCUGCGAAACAUAGUGCUACUGAGGCCACCUUUAAACUCAUUUAGGUUUAUGAUUUGGUUUGACAGCAACAUUUAUAGUCUUGGGAAUUCUUUUUUGUUGCUCUAAACAUUAAAGGAAAUAAUAUAUGCCCUUAUAGCCUAUAGUUAUGUAUUAAAUGGAGCUCUGUAGUGUGUGUUCUGGAUUUAAUGAUUCUUUAAACAUAAACAUAAUCUCAUCUUUGCAUAAAGUCUUUACAGAAAGCUUAUCAAAAUAUUUUUGCACUAUUAUUUGUGUAUGCAAAGAUAUAGCUGUCAAAAAUAAAUUUGUGAAAUGUGCCCAUUGAUUGAGAUUUUACUGAGUGCUAUUAUAUGGAUUGUCAUCAGACCCUUCAAUUCUGCUCCAUUAAUUCAAAUCCAAGUCUCACUGUUCAAAUGUGCAGAUAAGUCUUUGACGACCAGUUGUCUUGGGGGCUGCCUGUUAGCUGGAGCCAUAUUGCUGUUUGUUUGAACAUGAGAACCAGAGUAAACCUGCUCUGCCAUUCAGGAUGAUUGUGGCGAUCUUGGGCUUCAACUCUACUUUCCCAUUUGCACCUACACCACCUCUUGAUUCCUUGAACGACAAAUCUAUCAAUCCCAGCCCUAAUUGCAUCCAACAGACAUCCAAAAUGCUCUGGAAUGGAGAAAUCUUUUGACUAAAUCUUUUUCAUCUCCGUUCAAAUGAUCAAUCCCUUGUCCUAGAUUCCCAGACCUGUGGAAACAAUCUGUCUACUCUUUAAAGAUCCUUCAAAAUUUUGUCUCAUUGAAAUUGCCUCUCAUUCUUCUCAACUCCGGAGAAUUUAAGCCCUAUUUGCUCAAUCACUUCAGGAAAUGCUUCACUGACCCUUACGUGUAUCAUCUCCAUUUGCGUUCAUGAAUGUGGAGACCAAAACUGCACACUGUACUCUAAAUGAGCUCUCACCAAAACCUGUAGCAACACUUCUUUAGUUUCUGUCCGAAUCCCCUCGCAAAAAAGGCCAGUAUGCCAUAUACUUUUGUAAUUGCUGACUGUACCUUGAUGCGGACUGUGUUGUUUGAACGAACAUACGCAAAUCUCACUUAGCUCAACAUUUUCAAAUUUCACAUUUUCAUUACAAAAUCUGCCUUUCUAUCACACUUCCCUACUUCAUCUGCCUUCUUACUGCCCACUCAUGUAACCUGUUUAUGUCACUUGACAGCCAUGCUGAGUGCUUGUCUACCCACCUAGCUUUGAAGUAGGAAUAACUUUUUUGGGUGAGAAUGUUAAAAUACGGAGGUGUAAAAAGUGAGUGGAAUUAACAUUGUUUUUAUGUUAAUAUUGAACUUUUAAGGUCUUAAGAGCCAAGUUGUUGGUCUUCAUCCCUGCUUUCGUCUUGUCAUCUGAAAACCCUGACUGUGUCUUUUUGUUACCUUUUAGACUUAGUUAUUCUUAUGCUGCUGACUGGUCUCCUAUUUGCACCCCCUUUAACCAUUAACUCAAAAUUGUAAAUCAACUCGCACCAAUAUCCCAUUUACCCAUUAUUGAAUCCCUACAGUGUGGAAGCAGGCCAUUCAGUUUGUCAAGUCCACACUGACCCUACGAGGGUAUCUCACCCAAACACGCCUACCCCUAUCCUCAUAACCCUGCAUUAACCAUAGUCAAUCCACCUAGCCUGCACAUCCCUGGACACUACGGGACAAUUUAGCAUGGCUAAUUCACACAUCUUUAUGACAGUGGGAGGGAAUUGGACCACCCAAAGGAACCCUCAGACAUGGAAACAAUGUGCAAGUAACAAAUAGUCACUUAAAGCUGGAAUUGAACCUGGGUCCUGCUGCUGUGAGGAGCAAUGCUACCCACUGAACUACCGUACUGCCCCAGUCAUAUGGCGUGAUUUACACUGGCUCUAGUUCUAGAUUGUGAAAUUUCUCAUUUUUGUUUUUCAGUCCCUCCAUGGCAUCAGUCCUCUCUCUAAUCUCAUCUCUACCAUGCCAGUUAUAGUCUAUUGCACGGUCCAGGUUUGGUGAUUCAUCUAUUGUUGACUAUGCCUUCAGCAACCUCGUCUCUAAGCAGUAAAACUGUCUUCUUAAUGCUCUCAAAAGUCCAAAAAACAUAGGAGCAAAAGCAGACAAUUCAGACCAGAGUCUGCCUUGUCCCAUUCACCGAGAUCAUGGCUGAUCUCAUAUUCCUCAACUCUAUUUUCCUUCCCAUUCCUAUAAUCCUGAUUCCCUUACUGAUUUAAAAAAAACUUUCAGCCUUGAAUAUGCUUAACCCAGUCUCAACAAUGAAGAUUCCACAGAUUCACUACCCUCAGAGAGGAAAUUCUCCUCUGUCUUAAAUUGGAGACUUUAUUUUUCUGAGAUCAUGUUGUCUGAUACUGGUCUGCUUUUCAAGAGGGAGCCAACUUUCCACAUCUACCCUCUCACAUCACCUUCUCUGCUUUUUUUUCCUCCUGAAAACCUGCUUUGGACCAGGAUAUCCAUUGUCAUUAUAUCUCCUCAUGUGGCUUGGUGUCAAUUUUGUUAACCUUCUAAUGAAGUGUCCUGGGACUUUUUGCUGUGA